AUGCCCGGUGGAGCCGAGGUCUCCCUCCCCACCGCCCGGGUUGUGACACUCGUGUGCGUGCGGCCAGAGCAGACAGGCCCCGACACAUCGCCCUCGCCGCUCAGCCGUGCUGCCACGGCCUCCCACGCGCCGCGGAGCCGAACCUCUGCGCUUGACGAGCGCUUGAAAGCGCCCACCCUGCUGCGAGGGCCCGGGAGCGGCGCGGGGCUACUGCGCAAGCGCGCUGCUGCGUCCUCCUCCGCCUGCGCGGCGCGGUGCCGUCGCGUGUCGCCGGUGGCGCAGGCGCAGCGCUGCGCGCGGGCCAAGAUGGCGGCCGGGAGCUCCUCGCGUUGGCUCGGGGCGGCCGCCGCCGUCGCCGCCGCCAGGAGCCGCGGGCCGGGGGAGGGGCGGCUGCCGCUCCUCUGGCUCGUCCGGGGGCUCAGCGUCCCGCCGCCGCCCGCCGCCGCCUCGGCUCGCGCCGCCCGCCGCCUCCUGCCGCUGUGCGCCGGGCUCUGCGCCGCGGGGACGAAGCGCGCUGCCGCCGCCGCCGCCUCCUUCCACAGCAGCGCCGCGGCCCACGCCAAGGAGGACUAUUACCAGGUGCUGGGGGUGCCCCGCACCGCCACCCAGAAGGAGAUCAAGAAGGCCUACUACCAGCUGGCAAAGAAAUACCACCCUGAUACGAAUAAGGAUGACCCUAAAGCUAAAGAGAAGUUCUCUCAGCUGGCAGAAGCCUACGAGGUAUUAAGUGAUGAAGUGAAGCGGAAACAAUAUGAUGCGUACGGCACGGCUAGUUUUGAUCCUGGCGCAGCGGGUGCCGGUGCUGGGCGGCAGUACUGGAGCAGUGGUCCAUCGAUUGAUCCGGAAGAGCUUUUCAGAAAAAUCUUCGGAGAGUUUUCAGGGUCCCCUUUCGGCGACUUUCAGAAUGUCUUUGACCAGCCGCAGGAGUAUAUCAUGGAACUGACGUUCAGCCAAGCUGCAAAAGGUGUUAACAAGGAGAUUGUGGUGAACAUUAACGACUCCUGUGAGCGAUGCAAUGGUAAAGGACAUGAACCUGGUACCAAAGCCCAGCGCUGUCACUACUGCAAUGGCACUGGCAUGGAGACGAUAAAUACCGGCCCUUUUGUAAUGCGAUCUACGUGCCGACGAUGCGGUGGUCGUGGUUCCAUCAUAACAACACCAUGCGUAGUAUGUCGAGGAACGGGGCAAACCAAACAAAAGAAGACAGUGAUGGUUCCUGUGCCAGCUGGCGUUGAGGAUGGGCAGACAGUUCGGAUGCCUGUGGGGAAGAAAGAAAUUUUCAUUACGUUCAGGGUUCAAAAAAGUUCUGUGUUCAGAAGAAAUGGAGCAGAUAUCCAUUCGGACCUCCUUAUUUCAAUAGCACAGGCUGUUCUGGGAGGCACAGCCAGAUGUCAAGGCUUGUACGAGACAAUCAAUAUCACAAUACCCCCUGGUAUUCAGCCAGACCAGAGAAUUCGGAUGAGUGGGAAAGGCAUUCCCAAGGUUAACAGCUACGGCUAUGGAGACCACUACAUUCACAUAAAGAUAAAAGUUCCUCAGAGGCUGACGGACCGCCAGAGAGCCUUAAUGAUGAGCUAUGCCGAGGACGAGGCAGAUGUGGACGGCACGGUGAACGGGGUCACAAAUACGGCAUCAGGUGGCAGGGCCACGGCUAGCGCUGACGCAGGCGGGGAUAGGCCUGAGGCUGAGGAGAACAAGGAGGGAUUCCUCUCCAAACUUAAGAAAAUGUUUAGCUCCUGACACCCCAUCCGAGGGAAGCGUUCCACUGGAAACUAAGAGCCAGCAGCAGCAG